AUGGCAGUGAUAGUGGAGAUCACACAGAGGACGGUGCUGAGGCCUUCAUCAGGUUCAGCGUGGGGCGACGGGAAGAAGGUCCCUCUCACCGUGUUCGACUGCGCCUCCACGGACGGUUACAUCCCGACGGUCUUCGCAUGGAACGCGCCUGCGCCGGCCAACAGUGCGCUCAUGGACGGUCUCCUCGACGCCGUUGCGAGGUUCCCGCACCUGGCGGGGAGGUUCGCCGUCGAUGACCAUGGCAGGAAGUGCAUCCACCUCAACGACGCCGGGGUUCUCGUGCUCGAGGGCACUGCCGCAACGGACCUCGCCGAAGCGCUGCCGCACGACGUUCCCGCGCAUAUCAGCGAGCUAUAUCCAGACGCGGAAAAUGGACGUGCGGGCGAGCCCCUCUUCCAGGUGCAACUCACCCGGUACACGUGCGGCGGGCUGAUCAUCGGCAUGGUCAGCCACCACCAGGUCGCCGACGGCCAGUCCAUGAGCGGCUUCUCCACAGCCUGGGCCACCGCCGUCCGCACAGACUCCACCGUCCUCCCGUCGCCUUUCAGUGACCGGGCAACCACCGUCAACCCACGUAGCCCGCCAGCACCAGUCUUCGACCACCGGAACAUCGAGUUCAAGGGCGAGCACAGCUCCAGCCACUCCUAUAGAGUCCUGCCCAUGGACAGGAUCAAGAACCUCGGCGUGCACUUCCCGGAGGAGUUCGUUGCCGACCUCAAGUCACGCGUCGGCGCGCGUUGUAGCACGUUUCAGUGCCUCCUCGCGCACGUGUGGAAGAAGGUCACGGCGGCGCGGGACUUGGAUCCGGAGGAUUUCACGCAGGUGAGGGUGGCCGUCAACUGCCGCGGCCGCGCGGAGCCUCCGGUGCCCAUGGAUUUCUUCGGAAACAUGGUGCUCUGGGCAUUCCCGAGGAUGCAGGUCCGGGACCUCCUGUCCUCCGGCUACCCCGCGGUGGUCGGCGCCAUCCGCGAGGCCGUUGCACGCGUCGACGAUGAGUACGUCCAGUCGUUCGUCGACUUCGGCAGCGGUACCCAAGAUGGCGGCCAGGAGCUAGCUGCGACGGCAGCUACACCGGGUACAUCGUUUUGUCCUGAUCUAGAGGUGGAUAGCUGGCUCGGGUUCCGCUUCCACGACAUGGACUUUGGCCACGGCCCGCCGUGCGCGUUCCUGCCGCCAGACCUGCCCAUCGAUGGAAUAAUGGUCUUCGUGCCGUCGUGCGCGGCAAAGGGCGGGGUCGAUUUGUUCAUUGCCCUCGAUGACGAACACGUAGAGGCCUUCGAGCACAUUUGUUACUCCAUCGAUUAG